UGCUCCGUGUUGCUCAUAAUCAACGCCAGAUGUAGUUUCCUGCAAGUUAUUUGUGUUGUAUUCCCUCAUCUAGUUCUGACGCUGCUGACGUGGCUCUUGCCACAUUGCUGCUUAAUCUAAUGUUUUUUUUUAUUGGUUUCCUUUAUCUGAGGAUGUUUUUUUCUGAAUUCAUCAAUCAGGGUCAUCUGUGAUAACUGUUCUAUUGAGAAAAUAAUAUAUAAAUAAAUAAUAAUCAGUUAUAUGGCAGAUAUAAAGGAUGAUAUGUCAGUCGACAGAAGAAGACUCAGUCAUGGGGAGUUAAUUGACAUGUGCUCUGGUGUGAAGUAGAAAUGUUUUGAUCUGAUAUCUGAAUGAAAUUGAAACGAUUCUCUCAAAAAGUUUUGCAGCUUACUGUUUUAUUUUAGGAUGACAUGCUUUUGUUCCAUUGUGAUUUGUUUUUUUCAUGGAGCCUACAAAGAAUUCACAUCUCAUGAUGUGAGACACGGGACUCGAUCUAAGUUCACACCUGAUGGUGAAAUUCAUCCAAAAAUCUUUUCCAUCCUCCAAAUUUUAAUUUGUUCCAGUGUUUAGGUAUCUAAUUCUCUUUUGAGGAUAUUUGGAUUUCUUCUUCUUCUUUAAAUCAACUUACUUUGCUGCAUGGGCAGCAGACUGCAACAACCUUAACAUCAAAAAUGGUCAGAAUACCUCAAAAAACAUAUUUUGUGCUUCGUAUAGCUGAACUAUUACAGUGCCGCUGUUUGUCAGUUGGAUAAUCUCCCCAUCACUUUGUUUAAGUGGUUUAAAGUGGGCACAGUUAGUAUCUCGUUAGCCGAUGGAAAACAUUUUCUCUCGCCCGUCAAAACGCAGAUACUGCUCCCAGGUUUCUCCGUUUCUUCUGCUGCAGGUGCCUUUGCACAGGUGUAGUGUGCGCAUCCCCUCCAGCGCUGUUGCUCAGUUGCACCCACUGUGCUGGCGUCUUGACACAGAAACAAUGUCAUGGCUGUCACACAGUGGGCUCCAAUUAGUGAAGGCCCAAGAAACAGCCAAUGCCUUGGAGAUAUACAGCCAAAAAUGGAAAGAGGAAGAAGGAGGCGCAGAAGAUGCUGUGGGCGCUGCUUUGAAAGUCAAACAUGUCUUCAAAGACCUACAGAUCAUCUCCACCAAGCAAAAGACACCUGCUUACGGCGUUCUCGGCCCGUAUGGAUGGCCGCAGAACUUUUCCCAAGCCCUGGAUCAGUAUCUGUAUCGCCCCUCUUCUAAAUCCAAACCGCCGGCCAAAACUUCCCCAAAGACCAAGAAGAUCCUGGGCUGGGGCGAUUUCUACUUUAACGUAAAAACAGUGAAGUUCAGCCUCCUGGUGACAGGGAAAAUAGUUGACCACAUCAACGGCACUUUUAGUGUGUAUUUCCGCCACAACUCGUCCCGUCUGGGGAACAUGUCCGUCAGCAUCGUCCCACCCUCCCAAGCGGUGAGAUGGGAGGUUUUGGAUCCAGCGGCUCGGGCUGUUCACAACAAAAACUCAGUCCUGGUUCCAGAUGUGACGUCCCAGUUCCACAGCCCGCCUCGGUCCACCGGCUCUACUCCUCCUGACCAUCAGAAGCAGCAGCCAGAGAUGACGAUGGGGACCGAACUCAACUGCCGGAUCGAAUACCAGAGAACUAACCGGUCCAAGAAGACCAAGCCCUGCAUGUAUGACCCGGGCCAGACUUGCUACUCAGAGAACACGCAGUCCCAGGCAGCCUGGAUCUGCGCCAAACCCUUUAAGGUCAUAUGCAUCUUCAUCGCCUUCACCGGCACCGAUUACAGGCUGGUGCAGAAAGUCUGUCCGGACCACAAUUUUCAGACAGAGCAAAACCAGCAGCACUUCGGAUGAUCAAUCGGCAGAAAUCAAAAUCACAUGUUCAGUUUUUAAAAUAAUGGUAAUGUGGUAAUGUGUCAGUGAGAUUAAUGACAAUUAUGAUGUGAGCCGCUUGUGUGUCAUGUUUUUGUGUUGACAUAUGUGAGAACGUGAAAUGGACACAAAUUGUGCUGUUUUUUGAACUAUGGACUUCAAGUGUUAUUAUUUUUUGAUAAACUGAAAACCUGUUCAACGGCUGAUGAGCUUUUUCUCCUUAGAAGAAGAAAUGCAGAGUGGGAUGAAACAGAUGGUUUACUGUUGCAGUUACUUUUAUCAGUGACACAAAUGUGCUUGGCUUUUCCCCAGUACUGAUUUUACUUUCAACCUUUGCACCUUUGCAUGUUUUUUGUUUUGCAGGCGCUCAGCCGUCUAAGACAUGCUUUCUUGUCACUACGGCAAACAAUACGAGUGAGGACAUUUGUACCUUUUUUUUAGAAUAACUCUCACCCUGCUGUAGUAAAUAAUUCACCCCUCAACCAAGACAGAAAUGUGUGUUUUGCAGAAGCCUGAAGUGUAUGACUGUGUUGUGUUUUCAAUUUGUAUCUCCAGUUGCCUGUGUUUAUGAUAACUGUGAUAACCGCAGGUCAUCAAGUAAAAAGGGUGUGGCUGUUUGUCCGAGAAAAUUUGAAGGAAAGUUGACUGUUCAUUCUGCCCUUUGUGCGAGAUUUAAUUUACUCAAAACUUAAAAUACAUAAUAAACACAAUAGAUGAAAGGAGACUUUCUUCAACAUACAUAAUGGGUGAACAGUAAUUUUAUUAGUUUUAUUGAGCCAAACAAAUAGUUACGUAGCUAUCAUGCAGCUACAAGCUGCCUUCAACAACAAAAAGCCUGAUACAUGAGUCACUGUCUGUGUGGUCAGCCUCAUAUCAAUUUUCCUGUCCAAGGUUUUCCAUAACUGCCACACUCUAUAGCACAUUUGUUUUUCCACUGCCUUUCCUUUAAUGGAUUGUUUAGAACAUCAAAAGGCCCAUUAUUCUAACUCCCUUGUGUCCAAGCCCCCCGGUGCAAAGAAAUUCUGAGUGAUGAAAGUGUGUUUUGCAGAAGCUCACUCUUCCAGAGGUUUUCCAAAGACACCAAAGGAGUAAUCCAAACAACAACACAAGGCCUCAGAAAUGUUUGCUUUGCAGGGACAGUUUAUAACAGUGGAGAGCUGCACUCAAAUCCUUUGUCUCCCCAUAAUAAAAAAACUAAGGUUUUGUUAUUUACACACUUGAGUUGUUAAACACAAUAGUAGGUCUUAAGAAAUACAGCACUAUCUCUCCAGGGUCUUACCAAAGAUUUUAGUGAGAAGAAUUGGGCACUUAGUUUACCCUCUUACCCGUCUACCCUCUACCCCGUGCAGCCC